AUGAUGGAAAGGUCCAUUGCCGUCGUGGGUCCCCAUUUCGACCUCAAACUGUCGCAUUGGGAUCGGACUUACCCGCCAACCCACUCGAAACGAAUUCUUGUCUUUGCCCUCGCUGAGAACGCAGACAAGGAGCAAAUCGUGGACCAGCUUCACGUUGCACUGCACCACACCGUGCAGCAGGUGCCCUUUCUAGCAGGAUCGGUGGUGCCCAACUCGGAUGAAGAGGGCGAUCGACCUUGGCUACGAAACAUAUCACCAAACGGUCGUGCAUAUCUUGACGUGAAAGACCUUUCCGACCGCAUCUCCUACGCCGAUCUCGCCCAGUCAGACUUUGACCAGACGCUGUUUGACGCCGACCAGCUGUGCUCUCUGCCUCAGGUCAUCUACAUUCAGCAAGAACCCGUCGACGUCUGCCGAUUCCGUGUCAACUUCAUCCAGGGUGGCGUCAUUCUCGUCAUACAGAUUCUGCACACGGUGGUCGACGGCAGUGGAGUAACCGAGUGCCUGAAGCGCUUCGCAGACCACUUUCGCAAAGCCCAGGCGGGCCAACUCGGGCAUCCCUUGGAGACGGCGACAGGGAAGUAUGUCUCGGACCGCACCGCUUUGGUCUCGGGUGGCGGCAGAGUCGGAGCAAUAGAGAACCAUCCAGCCUUCACGACGUCUGCAUUCGCCCACGGCAACAUAAAAGGGGUCGAGCAAGCCUGUAGGACGUUCCGCAUCAGUCGCGAGGCUCUGGCGGACCUGAAGAAGGCCGCGUCUCCCGAGUUCCCGCGUCACGGCGACGACUGGAUCUCCACUGGCGACGCGCUUGCUGCGCUUAUAUGGCGAAGUAUCCUAGUCGCGAGACACAGAUCGGGCGCCCUCUCUGCCGACGCCGUCGCCAAGUUUGGUCAGCCAGUCGAUUGCAGGAAGCUUCUCGGGUUGCCCCAGCCGUAUUACGGGAACGCUUUCUACAUCAUGCGGACCGACAUGCCGUUCGACGCGCUUAGCGAUCCGCGGACCGGCCUCCGCACCGCUGCCAGUCUUCUGCGUGCGGAUGUGAAGGCGGUGACGGCCGACAGGAUCCGAGAUCUCGUGGCCCUGAUGGAGAGAAUCAGAUUGGAGAGCCACACCCGCCUGAGCUUCCAAGAAGAUCUGGGCUCGUCCGCCAUCGUGUAUACGAGCCAUUUCAAGUUCAACAUCUACGACAUGGAUUUCGGACCGGCAUUCGGAGACGGCCGCGUCAAGGCUUUCCGCCAUCCGGAACGCGGCACCAUUGUGGGAGCGGUCAUUGUGAUGCCCAUGUGUCCGGACGGCUCGUGCGAGUUCACAAUCACCGAGUCAGUCGACACUCUUGGGUGUCUUGAGACCGAUGCUCUGUGGACUCGUUACACUGGCAAGCAGAACGGAUCCAAGAUGGCGAAUAAAUCCUUAUGA